AUGGAGGCACAAGCGACAGUGUUACUAGGUAUCAAUCGUUUCACUGCAUUGGUUUAUACACAUUAUCAUAAAGAGGUAAGUAUUUUUUUAAAGUCUUUUUUAUAGCUAGCCGGAGUCCUAAGCCCUAGCCUAACUUUAAGCCUUGGCUUAAAGUCCUAGCCCAGAUGCUAAGCAGAGAGCCCUAGCUUAGAGUCUCUAACCCAAAGUCCUAGCCCAGAGCCCUAGCCUAGAGCCGUAGCCCAGAUGCUAAGCCCAGAACCCUAGCCCAGAAGCUUAGCAGAGAGCCUUAGCUCAGAAGCCCUAACCCAAUACACCAGUGUCCUAGCCCAGAGCCCCUAGAGGGUCUAACCCAUAAGCCCUAACCCAGAGGCCCUAGCCUAGAGGCCCUAGCCCCAAAGCCCCAGCUCCGGCUUUAGCUUUGACUCUAAUUGUAAGUCACAGUAUUGUAUUUUGAAUCUUUACUAUGAGUUUUAUAGUGGUGGGCAAACUCGUCACGUCGUAUAAUAAUCUUUGUUGUUGUACCAGGUGUUAUAAUGGGUAUAGUUGUCAAUUUUACUGACGUUUAUUUUAUGAAAGUUGUUGACAAUGGUUUGGUACCUAAAAUGGAGAGGUAAGCUUGAAUUUAGUGAAAAAACACCACUCUAUUCUCUUUCCCCCUCUCCUCGCUCCUCUUAGCUUUACAACAUUUUUUUUUCGUUUUACGUGCCAGGAAGGCACAGAAUUAAGUGAAUGACCUGAUGUAGCACUACUUUUUAUAAAUUUUUAUUUCAGUGACCUGCUACCCCACAUAGGCUUUGGCAUUGCCGGAUUCUUUAGUAUCUUGUACUGCUUUGUCUUGGUCUUUACUUAUAUUUAUAUCUGGUAUACAAUUCGACAACAUCGUCAAGUAAACUUAGUGAUUAUAUCUUCAAAUCAUCUCGUUGGUCGUGGAGUUAUUCAAAAACGACGUGAAAUUAAACUAUUAGCUUUAUCAGCUUUAAUAUGCGCUACUCAAAUUAUCGUCACGACUUUUUUGUUAUUGAAGUUUGUCUUGAGGAACAUUGAUAGUGACUUGAGCAUCUACAAUUGCAUAAGGUAUGACAUUUGCCUUGGGUUGCCUUGCUUUGCCUUACCUUGCUUUGCUUUGCCUUGCCUUGCCUUGCCUUGCCUUGCCUUGCCUUGCCUUGCCUUUAUAAUUUUGCAUAAAAUCGUUAAUUUAAAUAUUUUCAGCACCAUGUACAGCUCAGUUAAUCCGUAUUUUAUAAUUUUGUUCAGCGAUGCCAUAAGAAAGAACAUCUCAAGGUAUUUGUUUCAACAAACGCCAAAGAAGAUUGUCAGUACGCCACAAAACUCAACUGCUCUUACAGCCAACUUUAAAGGAGGAAACGUUUAUUUUGUCAAAUUGUGA